GAGGCGAAUCCGAGACAGACCCAACCACGAGCUGAUGCCUCCUGACUCUUCCGCACGAAGUCGCAUCUAGUGCCUACCGGCAUCUCCAAGAUUUCCAGACCGCCUUGAAUCGAUCAAAACUUGACUCCUUUCAUACCUUCUCCACGCUCGUCUCUUUCCUCUCUCUUCAACCCCUGACAACCCCUCUCGGCAACUUUCACCCCGCCUGCGACUCACGAACCUACACCACGACACAGACAACAAGCGAUUCUGCGACGAACCAUCCGCUGGAUAUCUUCGUCUGACUGGUGAUCAACGAAGCCAUCCGUCCCCCCGUCAGCCCUUAGGCGAACAUCUUGGAAGCGUUCGGAAAAGCGAUUGCAAAGUGCAGACAGUCACACCCUUCUCCCUGCCUCGAGCCCCGGUCGUCAUCCAAUCCCGGAUCCGGCGCUUCUACUUUUCGGGGACCUUCUUCUACCUACGGCUUGCACAAAAUGGCGCAGAAGCGUCUCAUGAGUGAGCUGCAGACGCUGCAGAAGGAGAAAUGGGUGUAUAUCGACGUCGAUGAGCAGAACGUUCUGAAGUGGAAGAUCGGUCUCAUGGUCGUGAACCCGGACAGUGUCUUCAAUGGCGCAUACCUCAAGGCCGCCAUGACCUUCACCUCCGAAUACCCCUACCAGCCCCCGACCUUCCAGUUUCAGACCAAGAACAUCGUCCACCCGAACGUCUACUUCGACGGCAAGCUGUGUAUUUCCAUCCUCCACAAGCCAGGGGAGGAUGAACAGUCAGGCGAACAAGCUUGCGAGCGUUGGUCACCUCUGCAAGGUGUCGAGUCCGUCUUGCGAUCUGUCCUGCUGCUCCUCGAUGACCCGGAGAUCAACUCGCCCGCGAACGUUGAUGCUGGAGUCCUGUACCGCGACAAUCGCGAAGAAUACAACAAGAGGGCUUCCGAGACGGUAGAGACGUCCAGGAAAGACAUACCUGAGGGCGUCAAGUUCCCUACAACCGCCGACCUGGAGCCUGUGCCGCAAAAGCCCGUGGACGACGAUGCAUUCUGGAAUGAGACAGAUGACGAGGGCGACUUUGACCUGGGUGGCAGCGACAGUGACUUUGAGAUGGACGAAUACAACGAGGACGAAGAAGAUGACGACGCCGACGAUAGUAGCAACACGGCUGCCGGGAAGAAGGAUAACACUAAGGCCUGAAGCUAAGCCGUGUCAUUUAGACCGCGCCCGAGGUGUUAGAUGUAGUGAGCGAGGCGUUGCUCACUUGACGUUUGGAUUUGCUUUUUUUUUUUGGACUUCCAGCGAAGGACUUAUGCAUAGCGACGGUCCAUGGCGUUGAGAGGUAGUUUUUUGAGGCCGGUGGCUUGUGUCAGGACAGGGGCAUCACCGACAGGAUCUCAUUAUUGGAUUCUGGUGAGCGGCCGGGGAUGUUGGUGGCCCAGGCAUCGUCGUGAAUAGAGUACCGCAAACGGGUGCUUGUUAGAGCAGCCAAUAUAUUCCUUCCAGCGUACU